AUGAACAUCAGCAUACUAAUGCAAGCGCUAACAGGAAAUAAUGUAGUUUUACAGGGAAAACCCACCCAGUCAUCAUUGUAUGGGUUUGGUUUUGCUUAUAAUGCCAUUGAUGGGAAUCACAAUGGUAUUUUGGAAGAUGGUUCCUCCUCCUGCACCCACACCAAAGUAAACUUUAACCCACACAAAGGGUUCUCUAUCACCAUCACCAACAGAAUGGAUGGGACUUUCAGUAGACUGAAUGGGUCUGAGUUCCGCAUUGGUGACUCCCUGAAAACAACAAGAACAAUGGCAACAACAAUCCCAGGUGAACUAUGGGAGUUAGAGUCAAUGCUAUAUUUAUAGCAAACCUGUGUGCAGACCGUAGAGAUAGUUACAGUGGCUUGCGAAAGUAUUCACCUCCCUUGGCAUUUUUCCUAUUUUGUUGCCUUACAACUUGGAAUAAAAAUGGAUUUUUGUGGGGUUUGUAUCAUUUGAUUUACACAACAUGCCUACCACUUUGAAGAUGCAAAAUAUUUUUUGUUGUGAAAAAAACUAGAAAUAAGACAAAAAAACUGAAAACUUGAGCGUGCAUAACUAUUCACCCCCCCCCCCCCCCCCCCCCCAGCAAUUACAGCUGCAAGUCUCUUGGGGUAUGUCUCUAUAAGCUUGGCACAUCUAGCCACUGGGAUUUUUGCCCAUUCUUCAAGGCAAAACUGCUCCAGCUCCUUCAAGUUGGAUGGGUUCUGCUGGUGUGAAGCAAUCUUUAAGUCAUACCACAGAUUCUCAAUUGGAUUGAGGUCUGGGCUUUGACUAGGCCAUUCCAAGACAUUUAAAUGUUUCCCCUUAAACCACUCAAGUGUUGCUUUAGCAGUAUGCUUAGGGUCAUUGUCCUACUGGAAGGUGAACCUCCGUCCCAGUCUCAAAUCUCUGGAAGACUGAAACAGGUUUCCCUCAAGAUUUUGACCAGUUUCCCAGUCCCUGCCAAUGAAAAACAUCCCCACAGCAUGAUGCUGCCACCACCGUGCUUCUCUGUGGGGAUGUUCUCGGGGUGAUGAGAGGUGUUGGGUUUGCGCCAGACAUAGCGUUUUCCUUGAUGACCAAAAAGCUCAAUUUUAGUCUCAUCUGACCAGAGUACCUUCUUUCAUAUGUUUGGGGAGUCUCCCACAUGCCUUUUGGAGAACACCAAACAUGUUUGCUUAUUUUUUUCUUUAAGCAAUGGCUUUUUUUCUGGCCACUCUUCCGUAAAGCCCAGCUCUGUGGAGUGUACGGCUUAAAGUGGUCCUAUGGACAGAUACUCCAAUCUCCGCUGUGGAGCUUUGCAGCUCCUUUAGGGUUAUCUUUGGUCUCUUUGUUGCCUCUCUGAUUAAUGCUCUCCUUGCCUGGUCUGUGAGUUUUGGUGGGUGGCCCUCUCUUGGCAGGUUUGUUGUGGUGCCAUAUUCUUUCCAUUUUUUAAUAAUGGAUUUAAUGGUGCUCCGUAGGAUGUUCAAAGUUUCUGAUAUUUUUUUAUAACCCAACCCUGAUCUGUACUUCUUCACAACUUUGUCCCUGACCUGUUUGGAGAGCUCCUUGGUCUUCAUGGUGCCGCUUGCUUGGUGGUGCCCCUUGCUCAGUGGUGUUGCAGACUCUGGGGCCUUUCAGAACAGGUGUAUAUAUACUGAGAUCAUGUGACACUUAGAUUGCACACAGGUGGACUUUAUUUAACUAAUUAUGUGACUUCUGAAGGUAAUUGGUUGCACCAGAUCUUAUUUAGGGGCUUCAUAGCAAAGUGGGUGAAUACACUUUUCCGUUAUUUAUGUUUUAGAUUUUUUUGAAACAAGUAAUUUUUUUCAUUUCACCAAUUAGGACUAUUUUGUGUAUGUCCAUUACAUGAAAUCCAAAUAAAAAUCUAUUUAAAUUACAGGUUGUAAUGCAACAAAAUAGGAAAAAUGGCAAGGGGGAUAAAUACUUUUGCCAGGCACUGUAGAGGACGCAACAUUGUAUCUGUCCCAUUAUGGUGUCUGUGAGAGCAUGGGCAGUGCCAUUGAGGCCAUCUCCAUUUUGAAGUAGUCCAUUUUAUUUUUCUACUACUUCUAUGAGUUGGUAAACAAACCUUGAAUGUGUUGUUUGAACAGGUAUAAAGCCAAGAUUGACGAUUUACUGCCACCUGCAGUUACGGAAUAUUUGUUCACAAGUAUAAUUUAUAGGCUGAUCCCUCCUGGAAUUAUGUGAUCCUUCCUUAACCCAUAGGAAGUCCCACCCAGUUGACUACUUCAAAAUGGUGAAAGUCCUCAAUGGCGCUCCAUAUGCUAAAAUGGGCGUUUGGUCACUUGAGUCCUCUAUCUAUCUCUAUGGUGUAGCCUGACUACACCAGGAAAUGUGUUGAAUUGUCAACAUUAUUGAGUGGUUCACCAUAUGAGUCUAAUGAGUUAACAUGGAGCUGCUUGUGUCAUAGUUACUGUUCUAAAGCAGUUUUGGUUUCCUCCUGCAUGUGUGCUGUGAUCUCUUCUAUUCCAGCUGGCUUCUCCAGCACCUUCCAGUGUAACGGCAUGGAGGGUCGACACAUCAACGUGGUCAUCGCAGGAAGAAGUGAACACCUGAUCCUGUGUGAGGUGGAGGUCUAUGGGUCACCACUGGACUGA